ACUAGCGAGGCCACACACUAUUCACUUCAGAAAUCUUAUAGCUUUGCAAUUGCGCUCUGCCUAGGGAAAACCGCUGAAACUAUCUGGAAUUCAAGAAUCUCAAACCUCCUCUGUUGUCUACUCCUUGCUGCCUGUAGCUGCUUGCAUUCUAUUGUUUUCUUGGCGGGAUUCGGAGGCAUGUCCACUCAAGUGACACCAGCUAAGAGACCGCAUGACCAAACCCUAACAGAGCUAAGUGGUCGAACAAAGUUGCAGAAAUCAUCCGUUUCUGAUAAUGUGUCACCAGCAGGACCUUCUUCGAUUAGAGUUAUACGUGUACUUUUUUCAGCUUCCAAAAUUGGUGGCAUCAUUGGAAAAGGUGGCAGCACCAUAUCUCAAAUUCGCCAGGAAACUGGAGCAAAAGUUCGUGUUGAGGAAAGUAUUCCUGGGUGUGAUGAGAGAGUUAUUAUCAUAACAGGAACAGGUAAGGACAAUGAAAGUGUGAGUGAGCAGGUUAAGACUGAAAGCAAAGAGACUGAAAGCCAUGAGAAUGGAGAGAAGCCAGAAGAACAUGGGGAAGCUGAUGAAAAGCAGGCUGUUCCUGAUGAUAAUUCUCAAUCAGACAAUGAAAAGGAUUCUUCUUCUGUUCAGAAAGCUCUGCUAGUCGUGUUUGGUAAAAUGGUUGACAUAUUGUCUGAUAAAAAUGAAGGGGAUGAGGAAAGUAUUAAUUCGAUAACAUUUGUUGUUAGGCUCCUUGUCUUCUCUGGUCAAGUAGGCUGCCUGCUAGGAAAAGCUGGAAGUGUUAUAAAACAGAUGUCGUCUGAAAGUGGGGCUCAUAUACGAGUUCUUCCAAAAGACAAGCUGCCUUCCUGUGCAUCUUCAUCUGAUGAACUGGUUCAGAUCUCUGGCAAACGUGAUGCUGUUAGGAAAGCUCUUCUUUGUGUUUCCCAGCAGCUGCUUGAGAAACCUCUUCACAAUCAGGAUUCCUUUUCUGCCCAUAUUGGUGGCCCACCAUCUCAUUCUUUUGGUCCUCCUUCAAGACGAGAUAGAUUCCCGCCACCUAAUCGACCUUUCCAUGGCCAGGGACCACCUUUUUCUGCUGGGUUUCAUGAUGUUGAGCCUGGCAUGCCUGGUGGUCCUGUGAAUUUUCCUCCUGAAAUCCUAACUUUCCGGAUAUUGUGUAGUGAGGAGAAGGUGGGUGGUGUAAUUGGAAAAGGAGGCUCUGUAGUCAAAGCGCUUCAAAAUGAAACUGGUUGUGAGAUCAAAAUCCAAGAUGGUGAAAACGAUUCAGAGGAUCGCAUUAUUAUAAUAUCAGGCCCAGCUGUAAAUGGAGAACUUGAGGUAGUUCAAGAGGCUCUCUUGCAAAUUACAUCAAGGCUCAAAAGUCAUUUCUUCGGUGACGUGUUUCCGCCUUUCGGUCACCAUUCUGACCCGGCCUUUCUAGAUCAAGGCCCACCUGGCCCAUUUCCCUCUUACAUGGGAAGGAGGGAAUUUUCACCUUCUAGAACUUUUCCUGAUCGAGGCCCACCAUUUAACAAGUUUGAAGGUCCUGGCGGCCCGCCUUUCCAUCCACAUGCGGAUCAUGUGCCUUUCGGACAUGAUUUUCCUAGAUCACGAAUCCCUCCGCACAUGUCUGAAAGAGCUGGACCAAUAGAAGGACCUGGUCCAAUGGGAUUCCCAGAUUAUCCGGGCCCACCUCAUAGAAGAUUUGGCGGAUUUCCCGGAGGAAAUCAACCUGCUGUUAUCACUAACACUGCUGUGGAAGUAGUUGUUCCUCGAUUCGUUGUUCCUGCAAUUUACGGAGAGGAUGGAGGCUGUUUGAGACAAAUUCGUGAGAUAUCGGAAGCAAAUGUCACCAUCAUGGACCCAAAACCUGGAGCGGAAGAAACCUUAAUCAAAAUCUCUGGCACGCCGGAGCAGACGAAUGCUGCCCAAAGUCUUAUUCAAGCAUUUCAAUUUGCUCACCAGGAUACAGAGAGAAUUGAAAUGCAGGAGUAUCUCUUUAGUUUUUCCUUUUUGUUUUCCUUGUUCAUGGAAGGAGUGCCUAUGUAUUCUGGAUUUAAAGAUGGGUCACUGAAGGCCACUCUCCUAGAUGCAAACCUGCAAAUCGUGUCUCAGGAGAUUGUUAAUUUCGAUUCGGGACUACCCCAUUACAACACCAAAGAUGGCGUGUAUCGAGACCCUCUUGUUAAUGGCAGAAUUGUUUCCCCCACCAUAAUGUGGGUCGAGGCACUUGACCUAAUUCUCGAGAAGUUGAAACGAUCGGGAUUGGAUUUCGGGAAAAUUGCAGCCAUUUCCGGUAGCGGACAGCAACACGGCAGCGUGUACUGGAAAACCGGGAGUCGGAGGGUACUUUCGUCAUUAGACCCAAAACAGAAACUGGUGGACCAACUCAGGGAAGCUUUUUCCGUGAAUGAGUCGCCUGUGUGGAUGGACAGCAGCACCGUCGAACAAUGCAAGGAGAUCGAGCAAGCCGUGGGUGGGGCUUUAGAGCUGUCGAGGGUCAGUGGCUCGCGGGCCUACGAGAGGUACACGGGCCCACAGAUCCGGAAAAUUUUCGAGACGAGGCCUGAGGCAUAUCUAGAUACAGAGAGAAUCUCGUUGGUCAGUUCUUUCAUGGCUUCUCUCCUAAUUGGGAGCUAUGCGUGUAUCGAUCAUACUGAUGGAGCCGGGAUGAAUUUGAUGGACAUAAAGGAAAGAGCUUGGUCAGAAAGGCUCCUAGAGGUAACAGCACCAGGCUUGGAGGAAAGGCUUGGGAAACUAGCACCUGCAUAUUCUGUAGCUGGUCUAAUUGCUCCCUAUUUUGUGGACAGGUAUCUCUUUGACAAAAACUGUUUAAUCAUCCAAUGGUCGGGUGAUAAUCCUAACAGCCUAGCAGGUUUAACCCUCAACAGUCCUGGGGAUCUGGCAAUCAGUCUUGGAACUAGUGACACUCUCUUUGGGAUUGCUGCUGAACACAAGCCAUGCUUAGAAGGACAUGUUUUCCCUAACCCAGUGGACCCAAAAGGUUACAUGGUGAUGCUCUGCUACAAGAAUGGUUCUCUUACCCGUGAAGAAAUACGUAAUCGGUGUGCUGAUAAAUCUUGGGAUACUUUCAAUGCACUGUUACAGCAGACACAACCCUUAAACGGUGGAAAGAUAGGCUUUUAUUACAAAGACCAUGAAAUUAUGCCUCCCCUCCCAGUUGGCAUUCACCGUUACAUUCUUGAGAAUUUCAAUGGGGACACGUUAGAUGGUGUAAAAGAACGUGAAGUCAGAGCAUUAAUAGAAGGUCAGUUCCUCUCCAUGCGAGCUCAUGCUGAGAGAUUCGGAAUGCCUUCUCCAAAACGGAUAAUUGCUACUGGAGGAGCAUCCUCAAACAAUAGUAUUCUUGGCUCAGUAGCUUCAAUUUUUGGGAGCAAUGUCUACAAAGUCCAGAGUGCAGGCAAUGUGUUAUCUUGCACUUUGUCCACUCGUCUUCUUGAAUACAGUGACUCGGCUUCCAUGGGAGCUGCAUUGAGAGCUGCUCAUGGGUGGUUGUGCAACAAAAAGGGUAUUUUUGUUCCAAUUUCGAAUAUGUACAUGGAUAAGCUGGAGAACACGUCUCUCGACUGCAAGCUUGCCGUGACUGGAGACCAACACCUCCUGUCCAAGUACACUUUACUGAUGAAAAAGCGACUAGAAAUCGAGAAUCGUCUCGUCGAAAAAUUAGGACGAUUGUGAAAUUCGAACUUUUUCCCCUGGGUGUUGGGUGAGAGUGGGGAGUGUAGGCAAGGUUUUGGUCUAUUAAUCUACUUUUAUAUUCUUUUUUUGCAUUUUGUUAGUUUAGAUAAUUUUGCAAGAACAAUCUUUUGAGAAUCUUACUGAGAUUUGCAUUAUGUUUAUAAAAGCUACUUAUUUUCUAACUACAAGCGUUAUACAAUAAAUGUCGACAGCUAUAUUCCAACAAGCUUUAUGACGUAUAUUGUAAUGAUUGCUUCAUCCUUGUAUCAUUAGAAGUUUUUAUGUUAUAUUGUAAUGAUUGUUUUAUCCUAGUAUCAUUAGAAGUGUUCAU